AGCCCACUCUGCCGUCUAGAUAGCCCUACUCGUCCGACAAGCGCCAAGAUGGUUCUGCACAACCCCAACAAUUGGCAUUGGGUCAACAAGGAUGCCUCAGCAUGGGCAAAGCAGUGGCUUGAGGACAACCUGACCAAGCUGGAGGCGAAGGAAGGGGAUGUCGCGGCCAAGAUCAACAAGGUCAUCAGCAUGAAUGGAGAUGUCGACGUCGCGCAGCGGAAGGGCAAAGUUAUUACGAUUUUCGAUGUGAAGUUAAUAUUGGAGUAUACAGGCUCCACUGCCGAUGAUGACGAUGUCUCGGGCACCAUCACCGUGCCCGAGCUCUCGCACGAGCUCACAGAGGACGAGUUUGUGUUCGAAAUCGACAUUUAUUCCGAGUCUGAGGACAAGCAGCCAGUCAAGAAUCUCGUGCGAUCGAAGCUCGUCCCGCAACUCCGGAGCGAGUUCAUGAAGCUCGCCCCUGCUCUCAUCGCCGAGCAUGCCAAAGAUAUCCAGCAUGCUCCCGGGUCAAACCCCUCGAGCGGCUUCUCGACGCCAAAGUACCAUCCUCCGACAGGAACCGCGGCGAAGGACGCAUUAUCAAGCUCGACCACCAAGACGGACAGCGUCAGCAGCGUCAACACCACCACCGUGACAGACAACGAGGAGUUCCGCACCACGGCCGAGGAGCUCUACCAAACCUUCACCGAUCCCCAGCGGUUGGCAGCAUUUACCCGUGCGCCGCCGAAGGUAUUCGAGGGCGCCAAGAAGGGCGGGAAAUUCGAGCUGUUUGGUGGGAAUGUCUCGGGAGAGUACUUGGAGCUGGAGGCGCCGACCAAGAUUGUGCAGAGUUGGCGUCUAGACCAGUGGCCCAAGAACCACUACUCGAGGCUGCAGAUUGAGUUUGACCAGAACGACGUCGACAAGGUCACAGUCAUGCGCGUAGAGUGGACCGGCGUUCCAAUUGGCCAGGAGGAGGUGACAAAGCGGAAUUGGCUCGAGUACUACGUCCGGAGCAUCAAGAGGACUUUUGGGUUUGGCACGAUUCUUUAGGUAAUGGCAUGGCGAGACGGCGUUUGGGUUGAAGGGUAGGUAUGGAGAUACGGUCAUCAUUACAUGAUACAGGGGUGGCAGUUGCAUUUGAGCACCGAAAAAUGGCCGGACUCUGCGCCAUAGGUGGAAAGGAUUAGAGCUGGGUGGCACCAGUAGAUCCAGCAACUCGAAGAAAGAGCAAUGAGAAAUGAUAUUAAUCUCACUGCCAUUCUCCGUGUGUCCAUCUCUCUCGCUCGGUGUUGCGGCGUGGAGUUUGAACAAUAGGUGUAGGACUUACCCCGUUCGGAGGUCCACCCAGGGCGGGGGAAGCUGCUAUUUACAUGAGGAGCCCGCCACAUUCUAUGAGUGUUGAUCCUCCCCGCAAAUCUGCCUCAGAUAACUUCCAGAUAUCGCUUCAUCGCCAAACCUCUGCGCAUAUCAGACGAAAAUGGCACCAGUAUAUAAGUUCGCCAUC